CGAGACUGUAGGAAAGAUUCUUGGUGCAAGGCACGCAGCGGAAAGCUCUUCCAUACUCAGCUUCAGUUUUCUUUUUCUUUUUGCUCGUUUGGAUUUGGGAAACGAUUGCGGGCGGCGAUCAAACAUGACACUAUGCAGCGCCGGUGUCUUUUCUCUUGAACUCUUGCUCCUCGGUCGGUCUUUUCAAAGUGUUGAGUUUCCCCAAGCGGAGCCUCUUUGAUGCCCACUCCACUAUGGGACGGGGUGCCGGGGUACUUAAAGGAGAGGCAUCCCGGGGACGUGCAGUGACGGCGGUGCAGUGAGCCCUCCCGUCCCGCAUCUUUUGAUGCCUCCUCCGAUGUGGAGCUUGUUGCUGUCCCACGCGCGAGUGGUGCUGAAAUUUGGAUGAUGCCUGGCCCGCGUCUGCAAGGCUGCCGCUCCCUGCACUUGAACGAGGACAACGGCCGCUUCGUGCUGCUCGCAGUCCUCAUCAUCCUCUACCUACUGUGCGGCGCUGCGGUCUUCUCGGCCAUCGAGAGGCCCUCCGAGCUGCGGGCCCACGGCCGCUGGAACGGGACGCUCCGCAACUUCAGCGACACCUUCAACAUCAGCCUAGGGGAGCUCAACUCUUUCCUGCGGGAGUACGAGGCUGCCAUCGCCGCUGGGAUCCGGGCUGAUGGUCUCAGACCACGAUGGGAUUUUACAGGGGCUUUUUACUUCGUUGGAACUGUGGUGUCAACGAUAGGUUUUGGGAUGACAACACCUGUGACGGUUGCAGGCAAAGUGUUUUUGAUCUUCUAUGGGCUCCUGGGCUGCGCUGCCACCAUCCUCUUCUUUAAUCUGUUCCUGGAGCGCAUAAUCACACUGCUGGCCGUUGUCAUGAAGGCUGUGAGGGAGAGACGGAUCAGAAACAGCGGCCUUCUCCCACCGGGGGUUCACCGGGACUUCUCUGCUUUCUGUCUCCCCGGAUGGAAACCCUCCGUUUACCACGUGAUGCUGAUUCUAGGCUUAUCAGCUAUCACUAUCUCUUGCUGUGCUUCGGCCAUGUACACUCCCGUGGAGGGCUGGGCCUACUUAGAUUCACUGUACUUCUGCUUCGUCACCUUCAGUACCAUCGGCUUUGGGGACUUUGUUAGCAGCCAAAAUGCAGCUUACGAAUACCAAGGCCUUUACCGGGUGGCGAACUUCCUCUUCAUGUUAACAGGGGUGUGCUGCAUCUAUUCGCUCUUCAAUGUCAUCUCCAUUGUAAUCAAGCAGGUGCUCAACUGGAUGCUGACGAAGAUGAGCUGCUUGUUUUGCCAGCGUUGCAAUAAGGCCAGCACCUUCCUGGGCAGACGUAAUGCCAUCCGGCCAGGUUCCAAGGGUCGCCAUCCGCCAUGCCAGGACGGACCGUGUGACAGUGACACUGAGGGUCGCAGACUGUCCGGGGAGAUGAUUUCUAUGAAAGAUCUGGCAGCUUCCAACAAGGUUUCACUGGCCAUCAUGCAGAAGCAGCUUUCUGAGUCGGCCAAUGGGUAUCCCAGGACGGUUUGUGGCAGCUCACGCCAUAACGGUUUCUCUGGGGGAGUAGGUGCCCUGGGCAUUAUGAACAACAGACUGGCAGAGACCAGUAACUCCAGGUAGAGGAUUAAGGACACAGUAGGAAGAAAUCCUGUUGUGACGUCAACAUGUUAUCCCCCUAUGCGCAGGACUGUAUAGUUUGAAUUUCCCCUGUGAUGACAGGGAUCCUUGACUAUUAGAUGUUGAUAGCAUAAAGAGACAUCAAGCAGCAGGGUAAAUAACUCUGGCCGACUGACAAACACCCAAAAUGAAAUCUGCAUGAUGUCUUUUUUGAGACUGAGAUGAAUAGAGCCAAGGGAAGCAU